AUCAAGGGAUAUGGGGGAAAGGCAGGCACGGGUUAUUGAUUGGGGACGAUCAGCCACGAUCACAAUGAAUGGCGGUGCUGGCUCGAAGGGCUGAAUGGCCUCCUCCUGCACCUAUUUUCUAUGUUUCUAAGUGUGUAAGAUUGGAGUUGUGGCCAUGAUCAGUGCAGCCAUGCCCCUCAUUGAAUGGCAGAGCUGGCUUUUAUUCCUAUUUAUUACCUGCUUUUGCCAAUAGACACCAGAUGGAAGAGUAUCUCACUAACCUCGGCAUCCUGGUGGCCAGUCUCCUCCUGCUUUUCUUCCUGCUCCCUGUCCUCUGUAAAAACAACAGUACAGCAGCAAUAUUCUGGCACACAGUCCUCGAAGAGAAGCUGGCAAUGCUGAUGACAGGCACCAGCAGAGAGAACAGGAUUCUACAGUAUGUGAUGCAGAAUGCUGUGCAAGGUGAUGCAGGGAGCGUAGUGGAGAAUAUGGACAAAUACUGCCGGGACAAGGAGUGGGCGAUGAAUGUGGGCGAUGAGAAAGGUGCAAUUUUGGACAGGGUGUUGGAGGAGGCCAAUCCUUUGACGGUGCUGGAGCUGGGCACAUACUGCGGUUACUCAGCUCUCCGCAUGGUCCGCGUGCUUCAACCUGGCGCUCGUCUGAUGACGGUGGAGUUGAAUCCCACCCACGCAGACAUUGCCAGGCAGAUCUUCCACUUUGCCGGAGUUGGGGGGAAGGUGAAAAUUCUGGAAGGUGCCUCUGAAGACAUUAUUCCUCUAUUGAAGAAGCAGCACAAAGUGGACACGGUGGAUUUUGUAUUCCUCGAUCACUGGAAGGACCGUUAUCGGCCUGAUACCCAACUCCUGGAGGAAUGCGGGCUGUUGAGAACGGGCUCUGUACUCCUUGCUGACAACGUGAUCUCACCAGGAGCUCCAGAGUUCCUGCAGUACGUGCGGAACAAUCCUCGGUAUGUGUGCACACACUACGCGUCUCACCUGGAGUACACCAAGAUAAAAGAUGGAAUGGAAAAGGCCAUCUAUAAAGGGCCAGUGUGUGUAAAAAUCCCAGAAAGAUAAAAUCAGAAGGCAGAGAUCCUAAAAAUGCUCAUCAUGUGGAUGUUGAAAGUGUUGUCAAACCAUCUCUUGUGUAACAUGUGUACAGUUGUUGGCUGCAGCUCCUCACUACAUUUAGAACACCUAGUGUUUGUCAUGAAAUAAUAAACCUCAGACCCAAUUGUUGGAACUUGUUUAGUUUCUUUUUGAACCUCAUACUUCACCUGUUCUUCACCAGUAGCAAUGUUGAAUCAGCAGAUGUUUCCCCCCCCUGCAUUUCUGCAGAAGCCUCCUGGUCAGAGCGGGUGAGGGGGGUAAAGAUUUCACAUAAUUGGACUCGAGUUAGUUCAGAUUGGGUCUGGUUUUUGAUCCUUUACACAAACAGAUCCCCCCUGAGUCUUUGCUAACUGUCAUAGCCUGGAAUUCCUGGCCGUGAUCAUGUUACUAUUGAACUUGACAUGAAUGGUCUUGGAGAAGAGUCCAGGCUGUGCGUUGCCAAACAAGCAUUUCAAUCCGAGCCAAGCCUUUCAUCUUUAUCCUCGUUAGAUAAGAGCCUUUUGUUGCAUGUCUCCAGUGGAUCGUUAGUUGAAAGCGCCAUCUGUUGCAGCUACAAGCCGCACAGCUCAAGCUUAAGUUUGCAUUCCAACCAGGGCAGAGUUCACCGAAUGUGGCAAGGGGAGCAGUUGUGAUAAUUAACCUCAGAGCGAGGUUUGGGGGGAAAAUGGCAAUACAAAUCAUGACAUCACAUAGCACCUUCGAUAAGAGUAAGAUAUGGCAAUGGAUCAAUGUAAACGGAAAAAUCAAAAGUUAAAAAAUUAAGAAUUUCUGGAACAAACGAGGUUCUGCUGGUCAUAAAACGUGGCAAAGAAUGCCUUCCGGCACAAAUUCAUUUCACCUAUUAGAUUUAUUAUGUGUACCCGAGGUACAUCGAAAAGCUUUGCUUUGUAUGCCAUCGAAUUAAAUCAGAAACCACUAUAUAUGAAUACAAUUAAGCCAAACUCACGUGUAACAGGUAGAGCAAAGGGAAAAGGUGCAGCUUACAGUUCUCAGCAUUACAGUGCAACACUUCCAGAGACAAAGUCCAGGGUUGAGGUAGGUUGAAGAAUCAGGACUGCACCCUAUCUUAUGGAAGGACCGUUCAGAAGCCUAACAGAAGGGGUGAAGCUUUUCCCGAGGCCUGUAGUGCACCA